AUGUCGGCAAAACAGAGUCAAAUUACGUCUUUUUUUCAAAAUAAAAAACAAAAAAUAUGUGAAGGUGCUAACAAUCAUGCAGUUAGUUCAAACAAUUCAUCCAUUAAUUUCACUGAUGAAGAAAAUGUGAAUCCAGCUAAAGAACGUUCGCCAUCAGAAUUAGUAGAAACUUCUACUUCCACCACCAUCACAAUUGAAAAUGGAACACAAUUUAAAUGCGAGUUACUUUGUUGCACAUAUUAUGGUCGCUAUGUUCCAGAAAAGCAAUCAGAUCUUAAGUCAACAAAUGAUGCGCGUAGUUGCCCAUUAGGAUGUUAUGGGAAGGUUUAUUGUUAUUAUUAUCGAAAAGCUCAUCAAAGUGGUUAUCAUCCACAAGCGAAUAAAAUGUCUGACUAUUCAUUUACAGUGCGUGGAUUUAAUAAUUGGAAGAAUGGCUUAGCUAAAUUUGAAAAGCAUGAGAAAAGCGUAAAUCAUACUGAUUGUGUCUAUUUAGUACAACAACAACGUAAACCACCCGUAGUAGCGCAAAUAAGUUCAGCACAUCAACAUCAGCAGGCGCAACGUCGAAGAAUGCUGCUGAUCCAAAUUAAAGAUCGUAGAUUUUAUAGUAUAAUAUGUGAUGAAGCAACUGAUGAAUCUGGUGUUGCACAACUAUGUUUUACAAUUAGAUCUGUUGAUGAUCAAUUCAUUGUACAUGAAGAUGUUAUUGGACUAUACCAGUUGACAUCUCAAAGUGCAGAGCAUAUUACAGAAGUUAUACUUAAUAUUUUAAUUCGAUGUGAUUUAGAUAUUAAAUUAUGUAGAGGACAAGGAUUUGAUGGUGCAUCAACAAUGUCAGGUCAUUUAUCCGGCAUAUCAACCAGAAUUAAAAAUUUAAAUUCAAAGGCGUACUACAUUCAUUGCAAUGCAAAUUCAUUGGAUCUUGCACUACAAGAUUUAACUCGUGAAUCACCACCUAUGGCAUCUACCUUAGAUAUAAAAAAUGAAAUUGUGAAUUUUAUGAAAAAGUCUUCGAAACGUUUACACCUAUUAGAUAAAUUAACUGGGCCAAAUUAUUGUCCAAACUUAAAGUCAUUGUGUCCAACUCGAUGGACGGUGAGAGAAUCGUCAAUGGAUUCAUUAGUUGUUAAUUAUGAUUUAGUUAAAAUAUCAUUAGAUGAAAUUAGUGCUGAAGAUGGCCCGCCUUCUGCCAAGGCAAACGGAUAUCUAGAGCAAAUGCAAAAGUUUUCUACGUAUUUCGGAUUGAAAUUGAUUUUAAAUGCAUUAGAUUUACGUUUUCAACAGUCCGUAUUUCCGUUGUUAUGUAAAGUAGAAAAAUUUAUCAUAGCAGCAGCGAAUAGUACGAAAGAAGAUGAUAAUCUAAAUAUUGAAAGUAUUGUUGAAUUUUUAAAUGAUGAUAUUGAAAUUCCACGUUUAAAAUGCUAG